GGCGUUCCCCACGCAUGGCGGAAGGGCAGGUGCAACAGCAAACCCAGCAGCGACAUCACAACAACCGUUAUCAGCGCGCCGCGCGGUGGGGAAGGCUCUACCGAGGCUGCAGACAGGCCCCGCCGAUACGUGAAGAAAACUCAACCUUUAGUCUUUCUGUUCCCGGAGAGUCCGGAGGGCCGUCGACAUGACUCUGAACCAGAACCACUCGGAGUGCGGCGGAGUUAUCAUCAACAACAGUGAGAGUGUGUUGAUGAACUAUGAUAACGUGGAGCUGGUUUUCUGCGAUGCGGACAGCCUGCCUGAACCCUUCAGGAAGAGCAAGAAGGGCAGCGUCUACCUGACUCCGUACAGGGUGAUCUUUCUGGCUAAAGGCCGGGAUGCGCUGCAGUCUUUCAUGAUGCCUUUCUACCUGAUGAAGGGCUGUGAGGUGAAGCAGCCUGUACUGGGAGCCAAUUACAUCAAGGGCACUGUCAACGCAGAGCCUGGAGGUGGCUGGGAGGGCAGUGCUACUUUCAAGUUUGUCUUCGCUGCUGGAGGAGCCAUAGAGUUUGGCCAGCACAUGCUGCAGGUUGCAGCUCAGGCGUCCAGAGGCCAGCCAGUGACUCCUGGCUUUGGUGGAUGCCCCUACAUGGCCAACGGAGCCUACGCUUACCCUCCUCCCCCUGCUAAUGGGAUGUACCCGUCUGGACCUCCACCUGGCUAUUCCUACCCCAACCCUCCUCCUCCAGGUGGAUUCUACCCCAGCCCUCCAGCGUUUGAUGCCUCUGCGGGUUACGUACCUCCGCCUCCAUAUUCUGCUCCGCUGGGUCAGCAGCCACCACAUGACCCCGACCUCCCCUCCUCAGCAGCAGCGGAGGCCAAAGCAGCUGAAGCAGCAGCGAGUGCCAGCUGUGCCACGCUGCCUCCUACACAUGUGUACCUGCCACAGGACAAGCCUCCUCCAUACUCCCCUCCAGAGGACAAGAAGAACCAGUAGACCUGCUUGAUCUCAGCCUCAUUCCUCUCUCUCCUCCUGGAUCACCCUGUUUCUCAUUCCAUUAACUGGGCAUCGAGAACGCCAGACUUUCUUUAACCUUACCCCCUCGUCCUCGUCCCUGUAGUCUCCUCCUAACUCAUCCCUUUUGGUCUCACCCUUCUCUCAUUCCAUAACUUUCCCACCUCAGCCUAAACCUUUUACAUUCCUUUUAAUAAUUCAUAAAUGAUACUGAGCGUCACUCUCCUCAGAAGCACCUUUACUUGAUGGAAGUUAGAAGUAUUAGUAACACUCUGUGAGACCAGAAGACGUUUGUUCAGGCCAAAGUUGGGUCAGGAUUUUUGUGGCUUUUUUCAAUGUAGUUGAGGAAAACUUUAUAACCUGACAAGCUGUUUUAGCAUUUAUCGCCUUGCAAGUGUCCCAAGAAUCAAACCGCCACCCUAAACUUUAGAUUCAGCUACGCUGUGAAGCUCACCUUUGACUUUCUAUGCGGUCUAUUUAACCAGACUUGAUCUAAUGAUGUGAAUUACUUUGCGAACCUGUCAGAGCCAGCUGAAUGCAGUCUUUUAUUUUUCUAUCAUUUGUGUGUACAGGCUUUUAAUAUGUAGACUUUUAAAAUGAGAUAUUUUCUCAAGAACACUAACCUAGAGGAAAAACUAGCUUUUGUAAAGAGAGCAGCUCGCACGGUGGCCUGGUCUGCUUUGACAUGUUUCAGUGGUCGAGCGGACCACGAAGAUUACAGCAGCGCCGAGCCCCGGCAGUGAAUCCUGAUCCUGGAUUAGAGCAGAGAGAGUGAGGGCCAGGAGCUGGGGGGGGGGCGUACUGCCAGAAGGGAUUAUCUUUAUAAUGAGCAGAGCAGUCGCCCAAUGAUGUCACUUCCUGUUUUGUCAUGCCUCCAAACCUUCCUGAAAACACACGGUCAGACUCGCCGCCAGUCUGCGUCACCUUCCAUUCUUCUAAGACACAUUUUCAGCAUCGUAACAGGACCAUCAGAGGAUCUCUCCGUGUUUCUACUUCAUGUGGUUGUGAUCUUAACUCUCCAGUUUGAGGUCAGUGUUUGAAUCUGAUCUGAGCACCUCAGUAUCUGAGCCUCUACUCUUCCUUCCUCUAUGGUCACUAAUCUAUAUACUGUAUCUGUGGCACAUCCGUGGCUGAUUAUUUGCACUUUUCAGAAUAUGCUAUGCAUCGGGCUCCUGUUUGCUCUGUCAUGGCUGUGUGUAUAAUACAACAAUAAAAAGCUCUGUAUUUAUUUCAAACUAAUUUAUUGAAUAAUUAAUGUAAAAUGGCUCAAGUAAGAAAACAAAGCAUGAUCUCGACUAAUGCAUGUAUGCAUUGGAUUGGAUUUUAUUAAAUGAUCUUGAUUCAUGUGGAACAGAA